AUGCCGAUCCAAGACGCCUCCAAGCCUUCCCGUAGGCAAAUCCUUGCCGAGCAACGACACAAAUACGGCGCAUAUGACGAAGUCCGCCUCGCCAAACUGCCACCGCCUAAGUUCCGUCUUCAGAAGCGAUCUAUCAAGCAUGACACACCAUCCAAGAGUUUCUUGAGGUCUUUGGUGAAGCGUGACGAUGCAUCUGCAGACUCCGUUGCCCCGAACCCCGAUGGUCGCCCCGCACCACUCCCAGCAGCUCCGCCUACUUCAGGUGCCAUCCCUGCUCACGAUCACUCUGUUGCUCUACCUCCCGCUCCUGAUACUUCUGGUGCGAUCUCUGCAGCUCCUCCUGCCAAUACUCUUCAGCCAGACACUUCUCAGCCAGAUGCACCUGCAGCCGCUAGUGACAGGACCACGAAUAACGACACUUCCCCUGCCUCUCCUCCCCCUUCUCUUCCCGUCGUCCCCUUCGCUCCGGCUUCAAACAGAUCCACCGACCAGCGCAACCACAUAUCGCAUCGCACCGUAGCCACGAUCGCUGCUGUCACCGUUUUCUUCGUAGUGUUUGUCGGUUUGUUGUGGUUCUUCAAGCGGUAUCGCCAAAAGCUCUCGGUUCACUGCCGUAAGGAGAGCCCGAAAAAGAGGAGACAGAGGAGUAGGUCUCAGCGAUUGGGCUCUUGCGAUGGGUUGAGACAUUUCGCCAACAGAAAAGAAGAAAAGAUGGGAGGAGGUGUUAGAGGGGAAUCGAAAGAGGUUUUGCUCAUGCAUCCAAGCUCGAACAGUAAUGCUGGUCCAUUCGAUAGAGCUAUGGAGAAUAUGCUUCCUUUCAACCAAGAUCGAAAGCACGAAGCUGUACGCAAAGAAGGUUCCCGCGGGAAGGAAGUUUUGGGGGUGCGGGAGUCAGAAGGACCAUAUGACAGGGCUGUAAGCAACCUCUUCAAUCCUUCUCAGCCCAAAACUCAGCUGUCGCAGGCAGAUGCAGCUCACUACCUGAGCGUAACCAUCCCAACUCGAGCGUUACACCAUCAACGAUCGCUAGACUCUAUCGCAGAAGUUCAAGAGCCACCUUCUACCGUUUCCACUCAAUUCCGUAACUCUAUUGUGAGAGUUCCGGAUGAAAUGGGACACUUUGUUGACUCCACCCCUCCUCCUCCACGACCUCGUACAUCACCUUCAACCAGUCGCAACUCUAUCCUCUCCACAGUCUCGCCUGAAAGCACCCGCAGUUCAAAACCUGCCCCUAAACGACCAGCAACAGCUCGCGAGCGAGAUAUCGAGAUGACUCGUUCAGGCACACACCUUCUCAUUCGCGAUCGAGCCAGCACUGGCACUCUUCGACGUCCUUUGAGUUCUGCUGGUAACUCAUUCCGUUCUGCCCUCCGUAAAACACGCAAUAGUGACGGAGGGAUCUGUAUCGAGACUGAAGGUAUCUCUGACAAUCACAAACGCGUCAGUUGGGCAACUCCAGAAGGGGAAAAAGGGGUGUUUGAACUAGCAGUUCCGCCCAGGGUGAGAGAGUUAAGAUCUCAUUUCAGUAGUAGUACGCUGAGGACGGAGGCGGAUGCGCAGAGGGAAUCUUGUGUCAGUGAGGUCUCGCCAAGUGGGAGUUAUAGCUUUGAGAUUAGAGAGGGGGUGAGAAAGGGCGCUCCUGUAGCUUUGAGUAGGGGGCCGUCAAGGUUGGAGAUUGUGCAAAGGGAGGAGGGGGAGAAGAAGGAAAGCGUGGAUGGCUUUGUUGCAGAUCUGGAUUGGGAUCUGAAUGAUUAUACGGCUAGCGUUGGUGAGGUUUGGAGUACGAGCGUGAAGAAGGAGGUGUCGUAG